AUGCUCGGGCCCGUUUUCCUGCUGCUCACCGUCUUGUCCGCGCACGCAUUCCGCGGCCUUCCCAGCCUUCCCGGCUAUUUGAAUGCGUUCGGCACGACGAGUUCUUCCGCCGAAGCGGACAAUAGCGGACGCUUUUAUAACCGUGGACUGAGGGUCAAAACCUAUCCGAGGGUCUACAACGGACUGGAGAAUCUCGCGGAGCUCAAGGAGGUGGGCAAUCUAGCAACAAUAUAGCAAUUGUGGGUGGAAAAUGCACAAAUUUGGUUCAAAACUCAGAAAAUACCACUAUGUUCGUCUUUAUCCCAAGUGCAAUUGAAAAAGUUUCAAUUUCAGAGAGUCUAUUUGAAAUUUAAGUAAACUAGCCUUGCUGUGAUUCCAGAAAGACCCGGUGCUGAGCCAGAUCCGGCAGAACGUCCAAUUGGACAUUCAGAAGAUCAGCGACGAGGUCGGAUUGGUCUCCAAACAGAUUUCCGCCAUUUACAACGAUCAAUCGAUUAGUGUGGAAGCGAGAAACAGUGCGAUACAGGCGCUCACCGAUAAGUAUCCAAAGGUACGCUUUCAAGCCUACGUAUCUCAGCUGAGUGUAGCGAUAUCAACAAGUUGUCAACUGAUCAAAUGUAGACAAAUUUGUGAGGAUCAUUUUAUCUGUUGACAACUUUUUUAUAUCUCCACUGGCAGCUGAGCUACAUCGCUUUGAAAUUUAGAAUUGCAAGGUUUCAUGAAACUGUAAUAUUUUCUUCAAAAGUCAUACGUAUAAAAUGGUUUUCUGCUUCUAGAACAUUAGAAAAGACAUUAGAAAAGAUCACACAUCAGUUACGUUCCCGACAUAAAAACUUUGCAGAUAGUGCCCGCGCUUCUCAAUUUGAUUGGGAAAAUUCACAAAAUCAACCACUACAACUCGAUGCAAUACGAAAGAUUGUAG